AUGUUGAUCAAGCUCAGACACCAAGACUUACGAAAGAAAUGGAGUGUUUCAUCAUUCUCUCGCUUUGCCAGUCUGAUUCAGAUCCCGGUCUGGAUUAGCUUGAUGGAAAGUGUGCGCGGGAUGUGUGGGAACACAAAUGGAUUAGUCCCAUGGCUGCUCUCGUUAACGUCCUCUGAAACCGAUGGCGCUGAGCAUUUGCAUUUGGCUGUCGAACCGACAUUCGCGACCGAAGGUGCCUUGUGGUUUCCGGACCUGUUGGCAGGUGACCCGACGGGCGCUUUACCUAUGCUUCUCUCAGCUUCGAUAAUACUCAAUAUCCGCAACGGAUGGCAUUCAACAUCACGCAAGGAGCUAGCAGAUAUGCCGAAAUUACAGAUGCUCCAAAAUACUUUCUGGAGCGGGUUGCGCAUAUUCAUGCAGGUCUUGGCGGUGAAUGUCGGAGCUUCAACAUUUUUCUAUGAAAUGCCGACCGCGCUCCUGAUCUACUGGAUCUCCAGUACUAAUAUUGCAACUUUGCAGACCUGGUUCAUGAACAAGUAUAUGUUCGCCAAGCCACCACUACCGACUUGGUCUCCGAGAUACACGCAUUACGAAUGCCCUCAGUCGUCUGACCCUUACAGGCAGAAAUUGCUGUGA